UGCAUUUCGCGCCGGCUGCCGCCGGGCCGCGCCGACGGACGCUGGUCGCGUCGGUCGCGCCGCGCGUCAGAGUAUAGAGUGCUCGCGUUUUGCUAGCGUAGCGUCGCUGUGCCCAGCGUGCGCGCGCGUCGACGUUACGUCGGAGUAUAACAGAGCCCUUAUAGUCCGACGUAACGCACGCGCGCGCACGCUACGUUACGUUGGAGAAAACAACCCCUCUAUAGUCGGGCGCACCGGCGCCGCCAACGUAACCGGCGGCUUCCGACGCGCCCCGACGUGCCCGGCGCCGAAACGGCUCCGGAGCCAUUCGCGCGUCGGAGGCGACGGCACCGUCAGCCCACAAUGCAUCGCGCGAAGAAAAUGGCCGCUGCCUGUGACAGCGGAGCGAUAGCGCGAGCGGUGCAAACGCGAUGUCCGACUCCGAUAACAUUGUUGAGCGGCUGCUGGAAGCCAUUAAAGAACACCCCUGUGUCUAUGACACAAAACGACUGGAUUUCCGCGACCAGCAGCGCAAGGAAAACGCAUGGGAGCAGAUCAGGCAGAGCAGCGGUCUCGCCACAGUGGAAGAAUGCCACAAGCUGUGGAAGCGGUUAAGGGACCGGUUCACCCGCGAGCUCAAAGUUAUCGAGCUCGCGACGAGGAGCGGCAGCGGAUACGUGCCGAGGCAAACGUGGGAGUUCGCCGCUGCCAUGGAAUUCUACAAGCAGUGUGGUCGUCCGAGGAAAACAACCAGCAACGUGGGCUCGGCGGGCCUACCAGGAGAGGAAGAUAGUGCCUCCACUCCAGAGGCAAUUUUUCAUACAAUGGUAGAUGGAACGACAACGCCACCACCCACCAGCAGCAACGACGUUAGCCUGGAAGCCCCAGCAGCAAAUCCUUGGGAACCUGCUUGCCAGGGAGAUCGCACGGUGGGGGAGCCACCCUCAAAACGACCCAAAAAGUCGCAAAGUUGCGACUACUUUGAGCAGCAACUCCUUUCCCAACUUGGCAAGCAGAUGACUGAGAAUGAGGCAUUUGCACAGUCUAUAGCCAUGAGCCUUGACAGAAUGCCAAGGGCAGUUGCUUCUAGGUGCAAGGCAAGAAUAAUGGCGCUCAUCGCCGAAUUUGAUGACUCUUAGGUUUAAAACAUGCCUUUUUGUGCUGCAACAAAGUCAUCUGCACUCUUCAUUUCUUUUCAUAACCUGGAAGGUAUUGGUGAAGGAGCAGCAAAGGGACAAGAGAAAAGGACUGAAACAUUGAGAGACACAUAGGCCUCUGUGUGCCUUUCCAUUUUCAGUCCUUUUGUGUUGUUCUUUUCGUUGUUCCUGUACGAAUAUCCUCCAGGCUACGAAAGAGAACAAAGAGUGCAGAUGAUUUGUUGCCCUUCACCGCAUAGACCCAACUAGCCCCUGUGAAAUCACUCUUACAGAUCUCUGCAAGAGUGAUUUGCUUUUCUGAUACCUUGCGUGUUCACUUUUUUGCGUUCCCUGCAAUGUUUUUUUUUUUUGUAACCUGGAGGCAUUGCCAGUUCACAUUUUAAAAUUUCCUGCCAUUCAGUACAGUUUCCUAAUACCAUUGCUUUCAUGUUGUUUUCACGUUGCCUGUUGUUUUAGC